AUGGUGAAAUCAUACUUUAAAUUCGAGCACUCGAAUACGUUCGGGCUCGUCGCCUCGGCGUCCUCGAAUGCGAUCUGGGCCAAAGACGACCAGGGCGGUGUCGCACGCCAGACGGGCGCCGGUCGAGCCAUUGUUGGUGCUAGUGAAGAAGUUCUCUGCUGGGAUGUGAAAAAGGGAGAAUUGCUGGGAAGAUGGCGCGAUUCUGGCUGCAGGGCGCAGGUCAGUGUGGUUGCGCAGAGCCAAACAGAUGAAGAUAUUUUUGCGGUUGGUUACGAAGACGGAAGUAUUCGUCUGUGGGAUUCGCGAACCGGCACCGUCAUUAUCUCUUUCAACGGCCACAAGUCCGCCGUCACUAAGCUGGCCUUCGACAAUGCCGGCGUGCGCCUUGCCAGUGGCUCCAAGGAUACAGAUAUCAUUGUUUGGGAUCUGAUCACUGAAGUUGGUCUCUUCAAACUGCGUGGACAUACCGACCAGAUCACAUCGCUGCAUUUCCUGUUCCCAUCGCAGGAACUGCUCGCCGCCACCGGAUUGAACGAACACGCAGGAUUCUUGUUGACCACUGGAAAGGAUGCCUUGAUCAAGGUUUGGGAUCUCGCUUCGCAACACUGCAUCGAAACGCACGUGGCUCAAUCCAACGGCGAGUGCUGGAGCUUGGGUCUAUCACCCGACCAGGGUGGAUGUAUCACAGCUGGUAAUGACGGAGAACUCCGGGUCUGGUCGAUCGACGAGGCGGCUAUGAUGGAUAUCUCCAGAGAAAAGCUUAGCGCGGACGGCCGCAAAGUUCUCACCGACCGAGGAACGUUCUAUCGCCAUGGCAAGGACCGUACGCUCGGCAUCCGUUUCCACCCCCGCUCAGACUACGUUGGAUUCCAUGGCUCCGACAAGUCCGUUGAGAUCUGGCGUAUCCGCUCCCAGACCGAGGUUCAGAAGAGCAUGGCGCGCAAGAACAAGAGAAGAAAGGAGAAGGCAGCGCAAAAGUCCGAAGACGGUGCGCCAAAGGAGGAAGACAAGGUCGAUGAUGCCGCUGCUGCGCCUGUUUCGGAGGUUUUCGUCCAACAUGUGAUUGUUCGCACUGGUGGAAAGGUUCGCUCCUUCGAUUGGAUGAUGAACAAAUCAACUGGCCUGAACCUCCUGGCCGCAACAACAAACAACCAGUUGGAGGCAUACACAGUUGUACCAGCCAACAAGAAGAACGCCGACAGCGAAGAAUCCGACUACACCCGCAGCCUGGCAGUUGACAUCCCUGGUCACCGAACCGAUAUCCGAUCUAUUGCCCUCAGCUCCGACGACCGCAUGCUUGCAUCCGCGUCCAACGGCACCUUGAAGAUUUGGAAUGUUCUCACCGAGAGCUGCCUUCGAACACUCGACUGCGGUUAUUCUCUGUGCUCCGCCUUCCUUCCUGGUGACAAGAUCGUAGUCGUCGGUAAUAAGAACGGAGAGCUCGAAGUAUUCGACAUCGCCUCCUCGACAUUGCUCGAUACUAUCAAGGCCCAUGACGGACCUGUGUGGUCAUUGCAAGUGCACCCUGAUGGCAAGUCCAUGGUCAGUGGAAGCGCGGACAAGACGGCCAAGUUCUGGGAUUUUAAGGUCGUGCAGGAAGAGAUUCCUGGAACCAAGCGCACCACUCCACGCCUCAAGUUGGCACACACAAGGACUCUCAAGGUCAAUGAUGAUAUUCUCAACCUCCGAUUCUCGCCAGACGCUCGCCUCUUGGCUGUGUCUCUCCUCGACAACACCGUGAAGGUCUUCUUUGUUGACUCUUUGAAGCUUUUCCUCAACCUCUACGGACACAAGCUCCCCGUGCUGAGCAUGGACAUUUCCCACGACAGCAAGCUUAUUGUGACUUGCUCAGCCGACAAGACUGUUCGUCUCUGGGGAUUGGACUUCGGUGAUUGCCACAAAGCCUUCCUCGCCCACGAGGACAGCAUCAUGGCAGUGGCUUUCGUCCCCCACAACAAGGACGGAAACGGCCAUAACUUCUUCAGUGCCAGUAAGGAUCGUAUGAUCAAGUACUGGGACGGUGACAAGUUCGAGCAAAUCCAACGUCUCGUCGGCCACCACGGCGAGAUCUGGGCGCUUGCUAUGAGCCGUUCCGGUGAUUUCCUCGUUAGUGCCAGUCACGACAAGAGCAUCCGUAUUUGGCAACAAACAGAUGAGCCUCUCUUCCUCGAGGAAGAACGCGAAAAGGAAGAGGAAGAGGCCUACGACAGCACACUUACCGCCUCUCUGGAACAGGACGAGGAUGGUGAUGGUGAAAAGGCCGAGGCCGUCGACGCCGGAAAGCAAACGACCGGCACUCUCAUGGCCGGAGAAAAGAUCAUCGAAGCUCUCGAGCUCGGCAUGGAGGAUCUCGAGGUCGUCCGCGACUGGCGCAAGGUCAAAGCUGCCAACCCCAACGCUGCCCAGCCCGAUCGUAACCCAGUCUACCUUGCCCUGAACAACAUCUCCGCCGAGCAGCACGUUCUGAACACUGUCCAGAAGAUCCCCGCUGCCGCCCUGCAAGACGCCCUCCUCGUCCUGCCCUUCUCCAAGCUAUCCGCCCUCUUCACCUUCCUCAACAUCUGGGCCGACCGUGAAUGGAACGUGCCCCUUACCUGCCGCGUGCUCUUCUUCAUUCUGAAGACCCACCACCGCCAAAUCGUGGCCAGCAAGAUGAUGCGCCCCAUGCUUGACAGCAUUCGCGCGUCACUGCGUCGCGUGCUUGCUCGCCAGAAGGACGAGAUGGGAUUCAAUCUCUCUGCAUUGCAGUUCAUUGGCAACCAGAUCCAAGAACAAAGUACUGCAGACUACAUUGAUGAGGAGACUUGGGAGGAGAAGCAGGCUUCCAAGGGCACGGGCAAGAAGCGCCAGUUCGUCAGUGUUGCCUGA